GGAGCUCGGCGCUGCGUUCCUGGGGCGCAGGUGGGCGGGGUUUGUCGUCCUGACAACCCGAGAGCGUCUGUCUACACAGCUUAGCUCCGACUUUGCAGACGGCUGAGGUCGUGCUUCCCUCAGGAUGGGUCCCAAAGCAAAAAAGUCUGGCCGUAAGAAAAAGAAAAUCACCAAAGCUGAACGAUUGAAACAGCUACAAGAGGAGGAGGAGAGACGACUAAAAGAGGAAGAGGAAGCCCGUGCGAAAUAUGAAAAAGAAGAAAUGGAAAAGCUUGAAAUACAACGAAUUGAGAAAGAAAAAUGGCAACAACUUGAAGCAAAAGCUCUAGAGAGGAGAAAUGAAGAACUUGAAGAACUUUAUUUAUUAGAGGGGUGUUUUCCUGAAGCAGAGAAAUUGAAACAACAUAUUAGAUUGGUUUCUCAGUGGAAACACUACAUUGAAUGUGAUGGGAGUCCUGAUCCUUCAGUAUCCCAAGAAAUUAAUACUUUCAUUAGCUUGUGGAAAGAGGAAACAAAUGAGACUUUUGAGGAAGUGAUUGCCAAGAGUAAACUAGUUCUACAUUUAAUUGAGAAAUUGAAAUUAAUUUUAUUGGAAAUACCAUCAUAUGAUUUGCAAGAUAAAAAUAUAAUACAGUACCAUGGAUCAAUCCUGGAACUGCAGGAGCUCCUCCAUUUUAAGUUUAACAUGGCCACUGAAAUACUACUCAGAGAAGCUAGUACUAUUGCAGAUCUGGACAGUGGAAAUAUGGAAAAAGUCAUUCAAGAUGAAAAUGUUACUCUAUAUGUGUGGGCAAACCUCAAGAAGAAUCCAAGGUACAGAAGUGUCAGAUUCUCUGAAACACAAAUCGGAUUUGAAAUUCCAAGGAUAUUAGCAACAAGUGACAUCGCUCUACGACUCCUGCAUACUCACUAUGAUCACGUCACACCACUGCGCACUGUUCCAACAUUAUUACAAAAACAUAGUUCCGCAAUAACUCACUUAGUCAAAGAUGAAGUCAAGAAUGUAGAAGCAGCACUCAGCAAAGAGUUUCAGGAAGAGUAUAAACCUGGAAAAAGUGAGUCUCACUCAAUUCAUGAGGAAGAAAUAAAAGAUGAAGAGCAAGUUGAUAUUGAAGUUCCAACGAGUUUUGUCCAGGAAGAAUCUGAAGCCACAAAAUAUGAACUGGAGAAGAAAUUAUUAAGUGAAACAGUUUCAGCAGCACAGUUGCUGCUGAUAGAGAAUGCUCCUGAAAAGCCACAUUUAUUGGAAGACAGUGAGGUUGAUAUGUGCCAAUUCACAGCUCUGGGUGGAGUGUACCACUUGGAUAUUUUGGAGCUUCCCCCACAGUGCAAGCCAGUGAAGGGAUGGAUGAUUAUGGAAAUACUCAAGGAAGGAUUACAGAAAUAUAUAUAUCCUCCAGUAACUAAGGAAGACUUUGAAAAAGAAAGUGCUUUCCCACCCAUAGGGGUCAUGCUUGAGGCUCAUGAGAAUGUGAUCUUUUUUGAGGAUCCUAUGGUUGCAAGGUGGGAUGCUGAAGGUAAACAUUGGAAAACUGAUGGCAUCAGCAAUGUAUUUUACAGAUCAGAAGAAAGACUUAUAUCAUUCAGCAUGGAAAGUUUGGGCCCAGUUACUUUGAUUCAAGAUACUCAUAUUCACAUGCCAUACCAGUCUUGGGAACUAAGACCACUUGAUGUGAAUAAAGUACUUUUGACUGUGACUACAGUAUUUACUGAGAUUCAAAUACAAAUUAAGGAAGACCUCUGCUUGUUAGCUUCAGUCAAACUAAAUAACAAAAAACAUUCCUCUAUUUUGGAAGGAAAAUGGAUGACUCCUAUUUCUUUCAUUAUUGCUUUGAAAGAAACUGGAUUGAAUAUCUUCCCUACUGAACACUCUCAUUUUUAUGUUGCUAUAAACUAUAAGAUUCCUUUGGUAGAAAUGAAAGCUUAUCGACAAAUGGCCCUCCUAGGUUCCGCUUUUGCGUUUGGUUGGAGCAAGUGGAAUAUAGAAUGUGAUUCUAAAAAAGUUAUAUUUAAGGUGAGGGAACACCUUACUAAAGAAGAAGAACCUAUUCAGAAUCCUAACUGGGCCCUUUUGAUGUUUAGUGGUGACAGAGCACAAAGGCUCAAGAUUGACGAAUACAGUGAGGCAUUCUCUGAAGCCCUUAAAGAAGAAACUGAGUUUCAUUCUACUUUAUAUCACAUGGUUAAGGAUUUUGCUUCUGAAGAAGCAAUGGAGAAAAUUAGGAGCUCCAACUGCCAGUUUCUUGAUUCUGUAUGCCACAUGCUACUCUCGAUUAGAUUACUCAGCUAUUCUUAAUCUUCACUGAUACAUUUUACUCAGUAGGAAGAAAUCAAGCAAUUUGGAAAAAAAUCAGGUAUUUCUUCAAUAAAAGGUAACAAGUGAAUAUAGUUCAAAU